AUGUGUUCUACAACUCACCGACUGAACGGCAAAAGUUAUGUUCUUCACAACUAUGCCCUCUAGCUUUCCGAAGCAUCUCUAAACGACCAAAUGAAAACAUGUUAAUAUUAGAAUGCCUUCGUCUGAAUACGGGACAUCGAGGUAGAUGAUAGUAAAGAAGAGAUUAGCGUGAAAACAGAGAAUAAUACAAUGUCAUUCUGAAGGUAUGGAGCUCCAUAAUUACAUAGGACAUUUUUAUGUUUAAAAAAACGUUUAAAAAAAAAGAAAAGGAAAAGUUUGGGAGAGUUUGAGGCAAAGUAUGGCGCGAGAGAAGAUUGGAGAAACCGAAGUGGUGAACGUGAAGAAACAGAGGAAAAAGACCAAGAAAGAGCACAAAACACGGACUGUUCAUUCUAACAUUUUAUACGAUCGAACCAAAGGCGACGACAACCCAAAUAGACACUAUUCAGACAAUGAGAUUAAAACCACAAAAUAUACUCUUCUCUCUUUUCUGCCGAAAAAUCUGUUCGAGCAGUUCCAUAGGUUUGCCAACGUAUACUUCGUGUUCAUCGCCCUGCUGAAUUUUGUUCCAGUUUGUAAUGCUUUCCAACCACAGCUGGCCCUGGCACCAGUGGUCUUCAUCUUGUCUGUCACUGCCAUCAAAGACCUAUGGGAGGAUUACAGAAGACACAGAUCCGAUAAAGAAAUCAACCACAUGGAUUGUUUGGUCUAUAGCAGGCCAGAGAACCAGUACAUAGAGCGGUUCUGGAAGGAGGCGCGUGUUGGGGAUUUCAUUAGACUGCGCUGUAAUGAGAUCCUGCCUGCAGAUGUUCUACUGCUCAGUUCCAGCGACCCGGACCGCCUGGUCCACAUCGAGACAGCUACCCUGGAUGGAGAGACCAACCUCAAACAGAGACGUGUUGUCUGCAGCUUCCUAGACCUGGAUUGUGAUUUUGACCCCUCCACAUACAACAGUGUCAUAGAAUGUGAGAAGCCUAACAAUGACCUGGCCAGGUUCCGUGGCUACAUUACCCAUCGCAGUGGAAGGAGAGAUGGUCUGUACAAAGACAACUUGCUGCUGAGGGGCUGUACCAUCCGCAAUACAGAGGAGUGUGUGGGGAUCGUCAUCUAUGCAGGUCAUGAGACUAAAGCCAUGCUGAACAACAAUGGCCCGCGCUACAAACGCAGUAAACUGGAGAAACAGAUGAACGUGGACGUGGGCUGGUGUGUCGUCAUCCUAUUGGUCAUGUGCCUGUUCUCUGCUAUCGGUCAUGGCUUGUGGAUGUAUCAGUACGGAGAUAAGAGACCCGUGUUUGAUGUCCUUAGUCCUGAAGGAGCCGAGCUGUCACCUGUGCUGUCUGCCAUCUAUCUCUUCCUCACCAUGAUCAUCGUCUUUCAGGUCCUGAUCCCCGUCUCGCUGUUCGUGUCCAUAGAGAUUGUGAAGAUCUGUCAGGUGUAUUUCAUCCAUCAGGACCAAGACCUGUACGAUGAGGAGACUGACUCUCAUCUGCAGUGUCGAGCUCUGAACAUCACCGAAGACCUUGGGCAGAUGCAGUACAUCUUCUCUGACAAGACCGGAACACUCACAGAGAACAAGAUGGUGUUCAGGAGAUGUACGGUGGCCGGGGUGGAGUAUAGUCAUGAUGCCAACGCGAGGCGUCUGGCCAUGUACCAGGACCUGGUGGACUCAGAGGAGGAGGACUGUACGUCCCACAGUGGCACCUUGCCCAGACGGGACAGCGUCACCAGCAACCAGAGUGCUGCCAAGGUGGUGCUGCGCUCCCAGAGCACCAAGUCCCACCGCAGGACUGGCAGCCGGGCCGAAGCCAAGAGGGCCAGCAUCCUGUCCAAACACACUGCAUUCAGCAGCCCCAUGGAGAAGGACAUCACCCCUGACCCUCAGCUCCUGGAGAAGGUCAACCACUGCAGCAGCCAGAUGACCUUCAAGAGGUUCCACAGCCAGUCCCUCUCUCAGCUGCCCUCUGACCUCACGGACAUCAUCGACUUCUUCAUCGCCCUCACCAUCUGUAACACAGUGGUGGUGUCAUCACCCAAUCAGCCACGGCAGAAGGUGCGGAUGAGGUUUGGGCUAAAGUCCCCAGUGAAGACUAUUGAGGACUUCAUCAAGCGCUUUACCUCCAGCCGUCUCACCUCCAACUCCAACAGCAGCAGCUCUUCCAGCCUCAACCGCUCCUCCCACCGCGAUUGUUCCAGUGUCCUCUCCUCCCCCUCCGCCGAGAGCACCCUGACUAAAUUAGAUGAGGAGCAUCACCUUGGAGGUCCGGUGGGUUUGGAACAUGCCUUCUCCCCCGUCCCUCCUCACACUACAGAGGGAGAGCCCGGGGCCCUAGAGGAAGGAGAGCUCCGCUACGAGGCAGAGUCACCUGACGAGGCUGCCCUGGUGUAUGCGGCGCGUGCCUACAAGUGUUCUCUGGUUGGCCGGCUACCUGAUCAGGUGACGGUGGAGCUACCUGACCUGGGGAAGCUAAGCUUUGAGCUGCUCCACACUCUGGGGUUUGACUCCACCAGAAAGAGGAUGUCUGUGGUGGUGAGACACCCGCUAACAGAUCAGAUCACCGUCUACACUAAAGGAGCUGACUCUGUCAUCAUGGACCUCAUCACACUGCCAUCUACAGAUGAUUCCAAAGGGAAACGCCAAAGAAAGAUCCUAUACAAGACCCAGAAUUACCUGAACCUCUAUGCUGCUGAUGGUCUUCGUACUCUCUGCAUCGCAAAAAAGGUUAUGACUAAGGAGGAGUAUGCUGUCUGGUUGCGACAUCAUCUUGAGGCAGAGACGGCCAUACAGGGAAGAGAAGAGCUGCUGUUUCAGUCUGCUCUGAGACUGGAGAUGAACCUGCAUCUAUUAGGAGCAACGGGUGUAGAGGACCGUCUACAAGAUGGUGUCCCAGAGACCAUUGCGUCGCUGCGGAAGGCAGGGCUCCAGAUCUGGGUUCUGACGGGGGACAAACAGGAGACAGCCAUCAACAUCGCCUAUGCUUGCAAGCUGCUGGAACCGGACGACGAGAUCAUCACACUCAACGCUGACUCUCAGGAGGCGAUGGCAGUCCUUCUAGAGGAGAGUCUACACUACAUCCAGGCUAAGUUCCUGUCCUCGGAUCCUUCCAGAUCCUUUCAGAAAGACUACGCUCCAGCCUACUCCUUCCCCCCUCCUCCUCCCUCCCCCUCCUCCUCCCAGACCCAGUCCUUCCUGGUGCACCGGCUGGGUUUGGUGAUUGACGGGCGGACGCUGGCCUACGCGCUGGACAGCAGCCUAGAUGAGAAGUUCCUGGCGGUGGCGAGGAGCUGUCGGUCAGUCCUCUGCUGUCGCUCCACACCGCUGCAGAAGAGUAUGGUGGUUAAACUGGUCCGGAACAAACUGAAGGUCAUGACACUGGCCAUAGGUGAUGGGGCUAAUGAUGUCAGCAUGAUUCAGGUGGCUGAUGUGGGCGUCGGCAUCUCAGGACAGGAGGGCAUGCAGGCUGUGAUGGCUAGCGACUUUGCCCUACCGCGUUUCCGGAACCUUCAGAAGCUCCUGCUGGUCCAUGGUCACUGGUGUUACUCCAGACUGGCCAACAUGAUACUGUACUUCUUCUACAAGAACGCUAUGUUCGUAGCGCUGAUCUUCUGGUACCAGUUCUACUGUGGUUUCUCUGGGUCAGCCAUGAUAGACCAGUGGUAUCUGAUCUUCUUCAACCUCAUGUUCUCUGCCUUCCCUCAACUCAUCACCGGGACCCUGGAUAAAGAUGUAUCCUCAGAGACCCUCCAAGAACUGCCUCAGCUCUACAUGAACGGACAGAACUCAGAGGAAUACAAGCCAUAUAUGUUCUGGAUGACCAUGAUAGAUGCCUUCUACCAAAGCCUGGUCUGUUACUUUACACCCUCUUUAUUGGCCUAUGCUGACUCUGAUGUGGACUUGUUGACCUGGGGAACCCCCAUCACCACCCUGGCUCUGUUUACUAUACUGAUACACCUGGGCUUGGAGACCAAGACCUGGACGUGGAUGAACUGGGUGUCCAUCACCUUCAGUGUGGGUCUCUUCUUUACUGUGGCUCUGUGUUACAACGCUUCCUGUCCCACAUGCUACUCCCCCUCCAACCCUUACUGGACCAUGCAGAGACUUCUGGGGGAACCGCUCUUCUACCUGCUCUGUGUCAUCACUCCUGUAGCCGCCCUGCUGCCCAGAUACUUCUACAGGGCGUGUCAGAGCUCUCUGUUCCCCACUCCAGUCCAGGUCGGCAGGCAGCUGGACAAACUGCCCAGUGACACCCGUAGAAACAUCCUCAGUCUCAGCCGAGUCCAGGCCGGGUCACUUCUGCAUCUCAGACCGCCCUUCCUGUCUUCACUUUCCUUCACUGGACCCUUGACUAAAGACUGCAGCCACAGUGCCACUUCCACCCAGAACCAGUACAGCUUCACCAGGGGCCAGGCCAAGAGUCCUGAGGGCCGUCUGGACCUGUCCUUACGGGGGGAUGAGGCUGGGAAGGAUCAGGGGAAGAGCUGGGGCUCUGGCAGUCCUGGAGACAGUCAGAGGAGGCUUGAAGAUGAUGAUCAGUACACACUGGCCUCCACAGAGACUGAUACUCUGCCUUAUACCAAAGCAAAAGAAGCUCCUCGGCCUGAGGCAGGGUGUAUGGCUGGAGCAGGGGCUGGGAGUAUGGCAGGGGCUGGGAGUAUGGCAGGGGCUGGGAGUAUGGCAGGGGCUGGGAGUAUGGCAGGGGCUGGGAGUAUGGCUGGAGCAGGGGCUGGGAGUAUGGCUGGAGCAGGGGCUGGGAGUAUGGCAGGGGCAGGGAGUAUGGCUGGAGCCGGGAGUAUGGCUGGAGCAGGGGCUGGGGCUGGGAGUAUGGCUGGAGCCUGGAGUAUGGCUGGAGCAGGGGCUGGGAGUAUGGCUGGAGCAGGGGCUGGGAGUAUGGCUGGAGCAGGGGCCGGGCCUGAUUUCCUUCAGGCUCCUCUCACCCAGGACAAUGACUGUCAGGACAUUACUCUUCUUGAUCCCUCGGACCUAAAUCUGUCCAGCUUUAUCACCUCCACACCCCUUCUGACCACAACCCAGUCAGAGACCAUCCAACUGACUCUGCCCCCUGCUGGUGGUUCCCAGUCUGCAGCCUACAGACGGAACUAUGAGAACCAUGACACUACGCCACACAGACCACAUGACCACAGGCUCCUCCCUCCUACAGACAGACCAGAACACCCCCAGGCCACGCCCACCUGUCCUAAAGAAAACGUGUGGCUCCAAACCACCUCUCUAUGAUGUAUUAUAGCCUUAAUAUCUAUGUAUUGUUCUUCUCAGAUUUACAUGAUAGCUCUAUUGAAUUCUAUUUUUCAAGAGGAUUUAUUUUAUCAAAGUUAUUAUCAUCAUUAUUCAUGUACAUUUAGAUGUUUUAUGUUAUAGGUCCAAUAGCAGCCGCUUUUUCAUCUCCAUAUCAAAUCAUUUCAGGGUAACGAUUAACUACCUUAACUGUGAUUUGUUUUCAAUUAAAAGGGUCAAAAAGAAAAAUAUCAAUUUCUCAAAGCAAGAAUUUAGUCUGGGACUGUCUGGGAGUGGUCUGAGUGGGGAGGGGAAAACUAGAACUCUUUCUUAUUGGUCUGUUAACUAAUUUACCGCAUGGUGAUGUCACCAGGCAGGUCAAAACGACAUCCCACCAAAACAGGCGGAAAUUUAAGGCAGUCUUUUCAAACAGCUUUUACACUAAAAAGGGCAUUAUUAUAAGUUUCACAAUUUCACAGUAUUAUUCCAAUAUCAUAGUAUGGAAAUAUACACUUACCGGACAGUUUAUUAGGUACACCCAUUUAGUACCAAGUCGGACCCCCCUUUGCCUCCAGAACAGCCUGAAUUCUUUGUGGGCAUGGAUUCUAAAAGGUGUUGGAAACAUUCCACAGGGAUGUUAGCCCAUGCUGAGAUGAUGGCAUCGCAUAGUUGCUGCUGAUUGGACGACGGUACGUUCAUGCUGCCAGCGGCCUGUUCCUUCUCAUCCCAAAGAUACUCUAUUGGGUUUGUUCACAUGCUGUGGCGUUCCACCCUUGUUCAAUUGGUAUCAAGGGACCUAAAUGUGUGCAAGCAAAACAUUCCCCACAGCGCCAUCUUGUACCAUUGAGACCAGGCAGGAUGCUGACUCUGCCAUGAGCAUGACGCUACAGAAAUCGUGUUUCGUCGGACCAGGCGAUGUUUCCACUCCUCAAAUUGUCCAGUGUUGUCGCCCACUGGAACCUCUUCCUCUUGUUUUUAUCUGAUGGGAGUAGAACCCGGUGUUGCAAUAGAACCAUCCGUGACAAAGACCGACGCGUUGUGCGUUUCCGAGACGCUGUUCUGCACACCACUGUUGUACUGUGCUGUUAAUGGUCUGUUUGUGGCCCGCCUGUUAGCUUGCACGGUUCUUCUUCGACCUCUCAUCAAGAGCUGUUUUCACCCACAGGACUGUCGCUGACUGGAUUUUUUUGUUUGUCGCACCAUUCUUGGUAAACCCUAGACACUGUCAUGUGUGAAAAGCACAGGAGGGUAACCGUUUCAGAGAUACUGGAUCCGGCGUGCCUGGCACUGACGAUCAUAUCACGCUCAUAGUGUCUUAGGUUGUUUAGCCCAUUCUGACGUAAAAUGCUGCCCGUUGUGUCUGCUGCCGUUGUGUCUGCUGCCGUUGUGUCUGCUGCCGUUGUGUCUGCUGCCGUUGUGUCUGCUGCCGUUGUGUCUGCUGCCGUUGUGUCUGCUGCCGUUGUGUCUGCUGCCCGUGUGUCUGCUGCCGUUGUGUCUGCUGCCGUUGUGUCUGCUGCCGUUGUGUCUGCUGCCGUUGUGUCUGCUGCCGUUGUGUCUACUGC